AUGGCUGACCUGAUGUUUGACUAUCAGUUCCGUUUGAUACUGAUCGGCGACAGUACGGUGGGCAAGAGUUCGCUGUUAAAAUUUUUCAACGAUGGUAAAUUCGUCGAGGUGUCCGAUCCAACAGUUGGCGUCGAUUUCUUCGCUAGAACAAUACAAAUACCCAGCGGUCCACGCAUAAAAUUACAACUAUGGGAUACAGCUGGCCAAGAGCGAUUUAGAUCAAUUACAAAAUCCUACUACCGAAAUUCAGUAGGCGCUCUGUUAAUAUAUGACAUAACAAAACGAGCCAGUUUUGAUCACAUACCUGUUUGGAUGAAUGAUGCCAAACGACACAUUGAACCUCAUCGACCCGUAUUUGUCUUAGUUGGGUGCAAAUUAGAUUUGGUAAAUAAUGGUGCUAGUAAGAGGGAAGUGACUGAAGAAGAAGCCAAACAAUUUGGUGCAGAACAUAAUAUAUUCACUGUCGAAACAUCUGCAAAAACUGGUUCUAAUGUUGAAUUGGCAUUCUCUGCUAUCACCCAAGAAAUUUAUCAGAGGAUAAAAAGCGGUGAAUACCAAAUGGAAGAAGGCUGGGAUGGCAUUAAAAGUGGCUAUUCACAUCAUUCAGCUAGUAUUGAUUUUAAUAACUAUAUCGAAGCUGAACCAGCGAAGUCAUGCUGUUAA